UUUCUCUCGGUUGUCGCGGAUUCGUAUCCCGUGCCGUGCCUGUGUUGUAUCUCCUUCGACCCCGCCGAUUGGUUUACCAGUUGACGGAUCAUUAGAAGAGACAAUCGGGGAAUAAUGGCAUCGGAGGAGGAGGGCGGAUCCCUCUUUGAGGGCAUGGUCCUCUUCACCCCCUCGGACCUUUCCUCUCCCUCGGAGAUCCCUCCUUCUGUCACCUCUGCCGAUCCUCCACCACUUCCACUCUCACAACCCCUCGACGAAGAUCUUUUCUCCAAUCUCACCCUCCUCUCAGCUCCCCCCUCCUCUGACGAUCCACCUUCAGUCUUGCCUUCACCCUCCCGCCAGAUCUCCCGUAAGAAGAAGCGCGCCGUCCGAGUCGGAUACGCCCGCGAUGAUGAAGUCUCCCCGCCUCCUCCCUUUUCCCCGUCUCCUCGUCCAUUGGAUUCCAAUCAAUCGGAACACCGUAGGGAUGAGGACAUCUCCUGCGCCGUUCUUCCAGAGAACAAGGUAGCAGACAAUAAUGAAGUUGGUGACAUCCAUCUAGUUGAUGGGCGGCUUCCUGUAACCGAGGUUUCACCUCCAAUGGAGAAGGACGAAGUCGUUUCCGUUGAGGAAAAAUUGGACUUGAUCAAAACUCAGGUGUCCAAUAAGCUCGAUCGCCUCCGCGAGAUGGCCGUUUUGCUGGCUUCUCAAAGGAAGCAGCUGGGGAGGAGGCGUAGGAAGGCCGCAGAGAGCGUGAAUUCUGUCUCUCAGAAGUACAAGGAAUUGGAAAAGGAGCUGGAGGAAGCCUGUGAGGCUGAGGACUUUGAGAGGGCUGAGAGGGUAAGUGAGAGUUUAGCCGCUACGGAGAAGGAGAAAGACAUCCUCCUGACUGCUUUUAAGGAGGCCGAGGCUGAUUGCGAUGCUGCGGAUUUGAAGAUGCAGGAGCUCCUAGACUCGCAGAUUGCCGCUGAGGAAGAAGGCGUCGCGCUCUUGGAACAGUUAGGAAAGGAUGCAGCUUACACUGCAGAGUUUGUUUUUAAAAGGGCGGAAGAAAUUUCUGUCGAAAGAAUCAGAGAAUGGCAAUACUUAAUGGAGAUUUUAGAAAGUAAAAAGUUGGAAGCAGACAUUGAAUUUCAUGUGAUAAAUGAUGCACGUCUUGGGUUGGAAAGUUCUAUAGAAUACUUGGUGGAAGAUGACCGUCGAGAAAAGGAAAGUCUACAAAGGAAACAGGAAGUUUUGACUAAAGAACUUGAUGAGCUACUUGCCAUGGUGAGAAUGAAGGAAACAGAGAUUGCUGACAAUAACUUUAAGAUCCAAGAAAUUGAGAGAAAUAUUUCUAAUGUAGUCUCAAAGUUUUAUGGGACACAAUCAAAUAUUGAUAAGAAGUAUGAUGAUCUACAUUCAUCCAUGUUGAAACUUGAAGUUGAGCAAGAAUCACUCUUCAUAAAGAAGAAGGAAAUUGAUGAUUCAGUUUCUACAGCAGAAGGGAAGCAGUCAAAACUUAACAAACUGGCAAUUGAUUCUGCUAAUGAAGCAAAAAAUUGUCAAAACUUAGUUGACCUGAGAAAGAGAUUUGCGUCAUCCAUUAUAAAGUCCCGGGAAGAAAAAAUUAGGUUGGCCAAGACAGAAGAGAAGAUUUUGGAGGAUAUCCAAAUGCUCAGACAACAAAACUCUUCAGCGAGGACUUCCCUGCAGGAACUGUCAUCAACAAGGGCUAUUAUUCAGCAGGAUCUUACUUCCAUGAAGCAGAGGAUAUAUUUUAUUGAUAAAAGAGGUCCAGAGCUUGAGGCUGAAAAGAAAGUUGCUGCAGCUGCAAGAAAUUUCAAGGAAGCAGGGAGGAUAGCUGGCGAGGCAAAGGCACUGAAUUUGGAAAGGGAGAGCUUGUUGGAUAAAAGGGAUAAGGCUAUCUCAGACCUUGAGAAGUUGGAGGGCGAAAUCAAAUGUACUGUUGACCAGAUGGAUGAAAGUGAACAACUAAUUAUAUCCAAGGAAAAAGAGGCAGCUAUUGCAGGCUGCCAGAGGCUCAGGUUAGUUGCAGCAGCUGCUAUGGCUGAAAGAUCAGCUACUCUUGAACUGGGUGACUUUGAAGACGGUGACAUUCUACUUAAAGAGGCUGAAGCUGCAGAUUUCAAAGCAAGUGAGCUUCAAAAAGCUUAUGGUCUGGAGGUGGAGGAGCGUGAAAAACCAUUUGAUCAUUUCAUUUCUAUAUCUCUGAUCACUAAUCUUGCAGGGCAGCAGUUGUCUGAAAUGAUUUCAUCUUUCAACCUACCUGCUGCUGGAGGGUCCUAAUGAUAGUAAAUGACCCGAAUUUUUUCCCAAAAGAUUUGCUGUAGAUGGAAUAUUGGAUGUUGAUUCUUGAUCUAUGUUCACUUCUAGAACUUUUGGUGGCAGUCAUCUAUAAUCGGUUAUUUUGGCCCUUUUACCCCCAAAACAUUUUCAUAUCUAUACCUCAUACUUUUAUCAGGUCAAAUUCACUAGGAAAGAGGAGACGGCUCAAAUCUCAUCUGGUCCCCUGCUUGUACAUGCAAUGUCUUGAAUACAUUGGGAAUAUUGUCUGAAUAUGCGAUAGGAGAUACAGCUUUUCAUUGUCCGAAGCUGCCGGGUAAUUGUUAUUGAUGACCUUAAGUUUUGUUACUUGUUACUUGUGUGUUUAUUUUUGUGUUGAGUAUUGACUUCAGUUUUUCAAUAGUAGUUAUAUUCUGUCCAAGUCUAUCUCGGUUACUUUGUUAUACAAAUUUAAUAUUUGCUUGAUAUUUCAAAAUAAAUAGAUAAACUAUUGAAAAAAAAAUUGUACCUUUUAGAUGUGGGAAGAAAUUGACGAGAAGCAAAUGUGCGAGUUUUUUUUUAGCAUAUCAACAAUUUACAUAGAAAUCUGGAGAGUUAUAGUAACUUUUAGAUAAUGUUGAUGAAUAAAAUGAAAGCCAAUUUUUAUGUGCGUAGCCCGUAUAAUAUGAAAACUGGGUUAUCAGCAAUCAAAGGGGUACUCUUCUUAUUAUCACAAUGAAGAGGUGUAAGUUGAGAAUGUGGAAAUCUCGACAUAUCUAAACGCCAAAUAAAAGCCAAAUAAGUUAGGUAAUCUCAGUGACGAUUGACGUCAUAGUGGACACUUGGCUUUGGCGGAUAAUCUAGCAAUAAUGCUAUAUUUUUUUGCUUUUCCAAGGAAAAAAAUAUCCCAAAAAAUACACCAACCAGUAGUGGAGUGGUGAUUUCGGAUAUUUCCAACCCAAUUUACAUUACAAAAUGCGUUCAAAGCUAAAGAUGAAGACGAAGAUAACAAUAAUUUUGGAUAAUGUAUGCCUCCAAAGUCUUAAAGAAUAUAAGAAUAGUUGUUUGGUAAGUUGUUCGAGGAGCAGAACUGAACUAAUUAAUAAGAUUCACUGCAAAGUGUAUAUCAAGACGUGUGACUUAGAAAUAUACUAAACAAUUACUAAACAAUUAAUAACUUUUCGAUAUUCAGUAACUGUUUUUUCAUCACUACUACAAUGUCUUAUGUGUUGCCAUGUCUUAUGAGUUGCGGGCACGAAUUACUCAAUACCCACCGUUAAAUUAAAAAAAUUAAUUAAAAAAUGAAAAACAGUUUAAGUUCCCAAUAGUGCCAAAUACUACACUGUGGUACAAUGUUAGAUUAGGAAAAUUAUUUUUGCUACAGUUUUGUCAUGCCGAAAAUCUCCAAAUUGGCUCUUGAUAUGGCAUGUCAAUUUAUCCAAAAUAAUAACCACACUAUUAAAAAAAAUUAUAAUCUGAAAAUUAAAAUAAUUAUCUUUUCGCAUACUAUUAAAAUAAUAGUGCCAAAUUCGGCAUGUCAAUUGAGCGUCAAGACACAAUUAUCUUAAAAAUAAGAAUAUAGUUUUUUGGACUUGGCCCAAAAAGAUAUUAUUAUCCUUAUAUUCUAAACAUAUGUUUAACAUGUUUUAUUUUUUAUUUUUUAAAUUAUUUUGGUUUUUACUUGGUUGGAGUAAAUCAUUCCCUUGUUGCUGUUGAUGAGGCAAAGCAUAGGCAACCAUGGACAAUUGCAUUUGUUCAAACACAAUAAAAUUAUGAGCAGAAAGCUACCAGCUGGGGUAAUAUCUUUGCUCAAAUACAUGGCAGGAAUACAACUACGAGCUGUGUGUGCGCCAGCCUUCUCUUCUCCUUCUGCCGUAUGUUAUUGGCUCGCUUUUCCACCGCAGUGAUAGCCUCUCUUCUGGUAUCCUUAAUAUUCUUCCAAAGGCAGAGGCAAAGGGAUGCAGAUCAUGGACAACGCAUGUUGCAGGAAGAUAAUUAAGCGGGACGGAUUAAGGAAAAAAAAAA